CAGGAUUCUUCGAAAGCCCCGGUCAAACUCGCUAAAGUCAUCAAGGUUCUUGGGCGGACUGGAUCCCGCGGAGGCGUUACUCAAGUCCGGGUAGAGUUCAUGGAUGAUACAUCCCGGACAAUCAUUCGAAAUGUGAAGGGACCCGUGCGGGAGGAGGAUAUUCUUGCUCUUUUGGAGAGCGAACGUGAAGCGAGGUGCGUCUUCUGCAGUCUUUCAUUUGGCACCAUCCUGACAGUUUUUGCUUUCGUUCAAAGGCGUCUGCGUUGA